AUGAAGUACUUUGAUGAGGUCUUUAUCAAGUUGACACCACCAUCGUCCAAAGGUGACGAUACAACAACUCAAACUCCAAAUGCUCAACAACUACUCACCGUGGCAAUACACUCCAAUCAAGUCAGUGCCGCUCGUCGUCUUCUGCAAUUCCAACGAGAUUAUAAUCACUCAAACACAACAUCGGACCUCAUUGUCGGAGAGAUUGUCGGUGCCGCCAAACAUGAUCGACAUGCAAUGAUCACCUUGCUGUUUGAUGAGUUGGAGACCACCAAGUACACCAAGAAGCUCGAGCGUAUCUCUAUCAACUCGGUGUUUCAGGCAUGUAAAUCAUUCACAAUGUUACAGCUCAUACAUGCAAGACGUAAUCGAUUCUAUCCACAUGAGCAGACGGUCAACAUUCCAACCAAGGUCAUUCAAUCGUUGACGUGCAACACACUCCAAGCAUUCCUUCAAGUGCUUCGCGCUGGGCUGGCCGCCCCCAACAUGGAGAAUGUACCGGGUCGACCUCAGCAAAAGCAAUCGAUCAUUCGGUUCAAUGAUGACCUGGCCUGUAUCGACAUCUUGGUGCAUCACAUGGACAACCAACCUCUCAUCGACAUGUUCUUCAAGCUACAUACAUUGAACAAGCAGUUCAUCACAAAUAGCGCAUUCUACAAUUGGGAUGGUAAUAAUGAGGACUCUGACUACGAUGUGGACCAGGACUAUGAGCACGAGAUCUGUUGGGCCAUCCAAAGACCAGAGGGCCUCUCCUUUGUACACAGAUAUCGAGAUCAUCUUCCGUUAAACGCGUUGUACUGGGCAGCUGGGUCUCAUGGCGAUCUCGAGCUGGCCAAAUGGGCCACUGCCAAAGGGGCGGGCGCCAAUCUGUACAAUAGGCUGUUGGCUAACGCACUCCAAAAUGGUCACAUUGACGUUGUCAAUCAUCUCUUGGACAACUGUACCGUUGGCUCAUGGAUGUUGGAUAGUCAGAUCCACGAAUCAAUCCUCACAAUGGGCCUUCUCAAUCGAUUGGCAUCGCACAGCACCGACAUCAAGUGGGGCGAGUCAGUCUUGCUGUCACCUGCAUUGACGCUCAACAUGUUUGAGUAUAUCAACACAUCAUGUUUGAAGCAUCCUGUUGACGAGGCUGUGCUGCUGUGCAAUCCCAAGAUCAUGUUGGUCAAGGACAUCAACUUGCUUCGAUACCUGGUAGAGCGUAGUGCAUCCAGAUUGAACAAAGAUAUGAUGUUGAACGCGGUGAUUGCAGUACGACAUGAUGUACUUGAAGCCUUCGCAGCAGUUGGAUUCACACACAAUCUUGAAGCAUUUGGAUACCUUAUCCUCGCAGACAAAGCACGAUGUCUGAUGGCCCACCCAAGUUUAUUGACACCGACGUAUGACCCGCAGUUCGCACAUCCUCCCCUUGUAGACAUCGUACGGCUCGAUGACGUGUCGUUGGUGCGCGACUUCAACACAAUGUUUGGACAUGUCAAGGGGAUCUCUUCCCCAAGUGCAAUGAAGGAGGCAGCCAUACUUGGAAACUUGGACAUUGUUCGCUUCCUCCACGAGCAUCGAACAGAAGGUUGUGAAGCUGACACGUUGGAAUGCGCCGCCAAUGCAGGCCAUAUGGAUGUUGUCAAGUUCCUCAUCAACAAUCUACCCAAUACACAAUGGAGCUUGACACAACUUGGAAGAGACACACAACAACUAGACACAAACAUUGUAGACUAUAUACUCCAAUCGAAUGCAAGACAGUAUCUAUCACUCACACGUGAUGAUAUAAUACUCAAGGUCAUUCAGAGUGGAUACCUACCGUUGAUGAAGGCUUAUGUUGAUACGAUCACCCGUGGCACUAAGGAGCAACAAAAGGCAUUUGUCAAUGGCAAUGGAUUCUGGGGCAAACUACCAGUACACUUCUUCUCUGCGAUGGACUGUGGAUAUGAUGGAACUAUAUGUUUACAGUACCUCAUCGACCAUCUACUCCGACCAAACAUCGUCAUCGAUAUUCCCAAGUUGCUGAGACAGGCAUACUCACGUGGACACCUCCUCAUGAUAGAGUAUUGUAACAAACUCACACAAUGA